ACGACACUUGAUAGCAUACUUGAGGACCUCAUAGCUGCUAUGGACAACAAAAGUCCAUCAGUAAGAUCGGAGACGAUUCUUUUUCUUGCUCGUUACUUCUUGAACUGCACUCCAGCUAUUUUAAACAAAAAGCUCCUCAAAUCUCUUUCGACAUCUCUUACAAAGACCUCUAAUGAUAAUGUGCCAGAAGUUCGUGAAGCGAGUUUUACUGCAUUAGGUAAUGCAAUGUUUAUUGUUUCGGAGAAAGUAAUUUCUCCAUUUCUCAGCGAACUUGAUGGAAUCCGUAUGGCAAGAAUCAAAGAAUUUUGCGAGAAAGCCACCUUGACAAAAGCAGGUGAAGCUGAUAUUCAUGGACCUAUAUUGGGGUUUGCUGGCCCUGGUGAGUUUUUUAUGUUCCAUUUUAUUUCAAUACCUUAA